AUGCCUAGGGGCAACAAGAGCAAGGGCCGCUCCAGGGCCAAAAGGCAGCAGACUAGAGGAGGAAGCCAGAAUCUCCAGGGGGGCCAGCCCACUGUGGAGGAGGAGGAAAGAGCAUCCCCCCUUCUUGACCAGAGAAAUGCCCCUAGCUCCCCUGAUGUCAGCACUCCUCAGGAGUCCCAGGAGGCUGCAUCCUAUGGCUCUCCUGAGUUAGAUGUUCCCUGCUCAGUUCAUGAUGCUGAGGGUUCUGAUGUUGGUGUUGGAGGUUCUAUUGCAGGUGCUAAGGAAAGAAGUGCAUAUGCCUCCAAGAUAGCAGCUGCAAUUCAAUCUGCACACAGAGAUCCUCUGACCAGGAAGGCCACUGUGUUGAUGUGGAUGGAGACGUUUAAGGUUAUAGAGCCCUUCACACAGGCAGAUAUGUUGAGAGUUAUCAGCAAAAAGUACCGGGUGCACUUCACUGAGAUCCUCAGGAGAAUCUCUGUGCGCUUGGAGUUGGUCUUUGGCCUUGAGUUGAAGGAAAUUGAUCCUAAUUCUCAAUCCUAUAUGCUUGUGGGCAAGCUGGGUCUCUCCACUGAGGGAAAUCUGAGCAGCAGUAGUGGGUUACCCAAGACAGGGCUCCUGAUGACUCUCCUGGGUGUGAUCUUUAUGAAGGGGAAUCGUGCCACUGAGGAAGAAGUGUGGGAAUUCCUAAAAGUAGUGGGGAUAUAUCCUGGUAAAAGUCAUGUAAUCUUUGGAGAACCUCGGGAAUUUAUCACCAAAGAUUUGGUGGAGGAAAAUUAUGUGGUAUACCGCCAAGUUCCUGGCAGUGAUCCCCCAAGCUAUGAGUUUCAGUGGGGUCCCAGAGCCUAUGUGGAAACCACCAAGAUGAAGGUCCUGGAAGUUAUAGCUAAGAUAAAUAAUACUUCCCCUAGUUUCUUCACUAGUAUGUAUGAGGAGGCUAUGAUUGAUGAGGCUAAUAGAGCAAUGAGGAGAGUUACAGUCAUGCCUGGCCAAUUUGUGGAUGUCAGGGAUGUCAGGACUCAUCGCAGAUCCAUGGCCCAUACCUCCUCUUCUAAGUAG